UUAUCUGACAUAAAUAUCGUAAAAGCCUCUCGUCCCAACUUUCAGCGAUUUUUUUUACGAGUAUAGGAAACCCGUAGUUAAUAUCUCGAUUACAGACUAAAUUUUCACGAUAUUAAAUUUGCCUAAAAAGGGAGAAUACCGGUGUUAUAAAAAAAAUUGUUCCUGCUAAAUAUCAAAAGUACCAGACCAUUUGUGAAAACUACGUUGAAAGUUCCCCCAUUUACGGCAUUGUUUCGCUUAUCUGCUUAAGAAAAUAUUCUAACUUUACGGUUUACUGCUACGUACUUUUACGGAAAAAGUAUUUAUAAAGGUCAGAAAGGCUCUUUGAUACUCCGUGCAAUUUUAGAAACUUUACGCGGCCCCUAAUCUCUGGUUUUACGCCACUUCCAAAAUCUACAUUAUCUUCUUCGAUAAUGAAAAAUAAUUUGUUGUCGCUAUUUCAACCAGACUCUAACGAUGGUGGAACAAUUGUGUAAAAGUGUACAUGAAAGUUCCGUAAAUAAGUAAACGAACCAAGCAGCAAACUCGCCCAAACGAAGCUUUUAAGGCCGCAACGAACCUCCGUGUCUCCUCAUUAAUUCUAAUAAAUGCAAUUGAUUAAGUUGCAUGUGACUCGCAAACAUAGUGCUUUCCUCGUAUCCGCUAUGAACAAGUACAUCAAAAUUUUUAAGUACGGGUAACGACUGUUAACAAAUUCGUUUGUUAUUUCGGUCAUUUAAAUUUCACGAUAACGUACAUUAUCGUCGAAACUUUCCUACUCCGUUGUGCAAUUUCGCGUUUAAACGAAGGCGCACUUCGUCACUCUGUGACUCAGUUUCGCGAUGGGUUGCGUUAACGAGUUUAAAAAAUAAUGAGACUUACUAAAUUGAAAUUCUUUAAUGAAAGUGAAAUUCCAUGCUUUAAUGCAGCUUUGUCACUCUGGAUAUACCUUCACAUCGGGGCCACUUCAUGAAUCUGUAACCGAGAGAUUAGAGAGCUGCUAUACGAUAAUAAUUUACACGCAAUUAUGUUUGUCGACUUUCCACAGCGUGGAAAUUGUAGAAAUGUCCACGCUUUGAUGUUAUAGAUCAUAAUUUUCGUUUGCCGUUUUAGAAACAAGAGAUUGCUACGGCAUGAAAACUUUGGUCAAAAUUAAUGAACUUUUUUCUGCUUUAGCAGCAGAAAGUCUGCUUGCCUUUUUCUUCGGGAUUCUCUUUCGUUUUUUCAUUUCAAGUUUUCCUAACCUCAUUAUUCGAAAUGUAUGGUAUCUCGCGUUUGGUAUUUGCGAGAAGAAUAGAUACGUUUAUCUCAGGAUAAUUUAACAAUUAAGAGAAACCAUUCUAUGGAAUACGCCGGUUUCUCGAUUUUUCGUAAUUCCCGUCCUCAAACAACGAUUCAUCAUCAAAUUACAUUUUUAAAUCAUCGCUCCGCAGUUUCUACUGUACAUAGAUUAUUUCUACGAAUUUUUGUGCUUAGACGUCGCCAACGCGGUGACGAUCCCGGAACAUCCGCCGCAAACGAACAGAUCUCGCGAAACUGCCGUAAACGUGUAUCGAACAUGAACGAGAUGAACGUAGUAUUGAAUUCGAGAGUAGUAAUCCCUGUUCCGAUACCCCGAGGGAAUGGCAUAUUCUGUUUCCAGAUACGCAAAAGCAAUCAUAUGGCUCGUACGAUCCAUCAAAAGCGUGCAUCUUUUGCUACGAACUUAUUUCUGCCACAAAUCUUAAAGAAGGCAAGGAAGGUUGCAUAACUGAUUGACUUUUUAAAACAUUUUUCUUUACCGCUUCGGUUCAUCCUAGCAGGAAUCCUCGCACCAUUAGCAAAAGAACUGAUCUCGUAUUUGCGCCUUCAGUCAUAAACAAAUUACCUCACCCAUCUAACGAUUAUUAUAGCGCCUUCUUAAUGUCGUAAUAUAGCUAUUCAGGGAGAAAGACUUUGGAGGCUGUAUUCCAUGCUGUAACGAACAAUUUAAUGGACAGCGAGUAAUAUAUCGAUAACAGUUGGAAACGUUACGCAACUCUCUCUACAUGUACACGAAUGUCAUCUCUUUAUUUGCUUCUCAGUUGCCCUCUACUUACCAAUAUAACGCUACCAUUAGUCUACAUUUACGUUUUCUUUCUUUCAUCUGUUCUUCGCAAGGAAACAGACCAAGCAUAAAGAAGCUCGAGUUCACGUGGUGUGGUCUGAUGUGGUAGGUCAGGGGGUCGAAAGGCCCACCACCUCUGCUUCAGACUUCGGAAUCUCCACUCUUCUGACAACUGACUGCCUAUCGAAAGUGUCACAGGUUAUGUUGGUUCCGUUCUUUGCUCGAUUCGAGCAGCCCGAAAUAAACUGAGGGUAGGCGGGAUUAUACGAAACCGACCUGUAGAAAAUGCUGCCUUGCAGUCGAUUCGAUAAACCUGUCGAUAUUCGGGAAACACUACAUAUUUACUAGGCUCGAUAGUUAGGCUAAGUCGCGAGAUUCAUUUACAUUCUAUUGUCGAGGAUACGGAUUUAACGCGACGAAGAUACUUGAAAAAGACGCGAUUAAACGAAAGCUCUAGUGAAUUUUUAACGCUUUUUCUUUCAAAAAAGAAAAGAGUUAAAACAUCGAAUUUAGAAACGUUAUUGUAUAACCGCUCCAUUUUCUCAACAUUUCCGCGCACGUCAGGAUGCGAUUAGAGUUAGAAGAUACUGAUACUGAUUUCGAUGCUUACACGUGCCUAUAAUCUACCCUGUACAAACGUGAUAUGUACGUAUAUCUAUGCAUAGAAAUUUGAAAUUCAAUUGACAUUUUCAUGUAUAAUAAAAAAAAAAAAGAAAACACUGAAAAUAGCAUGCAAUAAAGCUGCAUCAGUAUCGCAGUUUAAAAAGUCACAUUGGAGUGCGUAACAAUGGCGGCCGUUACUCGCUAUAGAAAGUCAAUUACGUUAAAACUUCUAGAGGGAAUCUUUGUUCGCUCGUAAGUACAGUUUUACGUAACGCGAAGGGAAGCGAAUAAACUAAAUCCCAUUGUUUAAUCGCUAUCAUCGUUUACGCGUACUUAGCUCAUUCAAAGAAGGUCAGAAGCUUCUCUAACGCAACCAUAAAAGGGUACUAGAGCUCAUUAACAUAGCCUGUGCAAUUGUGUGUGUAUACGUGUUCCCGUUUCUGCGACAUUACGUUAAGCAGACUGGGCACACAGAUUUUCUAUCCGUGAAGCAGAAACAGCGUUUGAUGAGGACAAGCCGACAAAGCGCCCUGAGUCGUCGAAACAGCGACGGCGACUGAUUAUGACGCGCGUCCAUACGCGCCGCGAUUUCUCUCGUCUCCUCCUGCCAUUCUCAUCCUCUGAGACCUUUCACCUUUCUUGCAACCUAAUCCUUCUCCUUCUCGGUCUCGCCUCUGUUCGUAGCGUUCUGCCGUGCAAUGAAAAAGCGAGGUCUCAAAGUCAUGAUCUUACAUCGUUUCCUUACCUCGUCGACACCGCGGGUAGAAAGUAUUCUCGAAGAGUUCCCGACGAUCCUCGGGAGUUGAUACAGCAUGGCUUGAACGAGUACGAAAUUUCCGACUCAUCGGAUGAACCCGACGGGACAGGAAUUCACGUCGAUCGAAUCUCACGAAGACGAACGAGUGCAUUAAAACGAGUUAACCACGUGACGAAUAAGUUCGUCGCAUCAUUCGGUAAAGAUAAUCGUGCGUAUUUGCGCGACGACUCGCGAUUCGCUACGGUCACGGCUGAUAUUGUGAACGGUUACUACGGCGAGUCUCGCAGGCGACACCAGAAGCGGAAGUUUCGACGGGAAAAUGAUAUACUACUAGCCAAUAUCGACGACCAAAUCGGUGGUACGACUUUGAUGAACGGUGUAAGUUAUCGCGAUGAAAAACAUAUUGAGCUGAGAAUGAAAAGGAACUUUGACCGGAAGCAUAAAUUGGAGAGGAAAAUGAGAAUGAACCUUCUCGGUUUGGAAGAAUCGUUUCACGAUUGCGAAGAAUACGGCGAGGAAUUCACGGAGAACGACGGCUCGAGAUCUACCAGAAGAAAUAGGUCUGAUAAAGACGCGGAUAAUUCCGAAGCGAAAAGAAACAAUGGGACCGAGAAUCCAGUUCAUUCGAUGAAAGUAAAUGGCAAUCUGUCACCGACUUCGAAUGAGAGCAGCGAGGACCCUUUUACGGGUUUCGAGGGCUCGCAAAAAUUUCCUAUAAAAGUCACGUACAAGCCGCCUAUAGCAGCUCAAGUCGAAAAGUUUGAUAGAAGGCACUUUGGUCCGCCUAAAAUGGAUAUUCCCGAAACCACAAUCGCGUCAUAUCCGUCGACCAUGCCACCGGAUCUACCAAAAAGUCCCGGCAGAGACGUCCUUCACCGACAUCGUAAAGUCGAUGAGAAUACAGAGGAGGAACGAAGACAGGAGGUGGCUAUCGACGAGCAUGAGAAAGCCGACGACAUCACGGAUGAUCGCUGGCUGCCCGGCGCAUCGUCUGGUCGACGAUCCUCCAAUAUAGCCAGCGGAAAGUCUUUCCCAGAAGAAAAGCACGUCUCCCCGUUCUCAACGUCUUCUCCAAUGUUGAAAUCGCCUAGUGAUAAGUAUUCGAUGAACGAGUCGCGUAUCGACCAAGACACAGAAGAAAUUGAAGAAUCCAGUGUUACAGUGCCGAAUGUGAAAUCGUCCGAAAAGAUAAACAUAACUAUCCUAGGUUUAUUCGAGAUGACACGAGGUUCUGAACCUAGACCGGAAGGAACUAGCGAGUUACAAGCAGCCAGAUUAGCCGUUGAACGGGUCAACGAAUUGAAUGUCUUAUCCAAGUUUCGUCUGCGUCUUAUUCACAACGAUACCAAGUGCGACUCCGGUGUGGCGGUUGAUAGAUUCUUCCAUGCUCUCUACUCGGCAAAGAAGAACGAUCUAAUACCGUUGUUACUGGGCACUGCCUGCUCCGAGGUCACGGAAACAUUAGCCAAAAUCGUACCUUACUGGAACGUGAUACAAGUCUCCUUUGGAUCCACCGCACCUGCCCUCUCGGAUUCCACCGAAUUUCCGCUUUUCCUACGAACCGUAGCGCCGGAUUCAAGUCACAACUCUGCCAGGAUAGCACUCAUCAAACAUUUUGGGUGGGACACUGUUACCGCUCUCUCGCAAACUGGUGACAUGUAUUCUCUGGCUGUGAACGAUCUAGUCACGGAACUGGAGCAAGCGAAUAUUACGUGCACCGCUACUAUCACCUUCGCAGAAAACGAUUACAAGGAACAGCUGCAAACUUUAAAAGAGUUGGACACACGAAUCAUCAUCGGGAGUUUUUCACCACAACUGGCGCCACGCGUUUUCUGCGAGGCUUGGAAGUUGGGUAUGCACGGAGGAGACUACGCAUGGAUUCUGCCAGGUGAUACGAUCGACUUGUCGAAGAGGAUGGCUAAUUCGUUGCACUCGGAACCAGAAGAAUGUACCCCCUCUCAGCUGUCUCAAACUCAGAAUGGUUUAAUCAUCGUCGAGAGUCAUGGCGCUGCCUUAGAAAACGAAAUAAGUUCGUCGGGUCUGACGAGUAACAAUUUCACGUUGGAAUUGAGAAAAAGAAGCGCGACAGACUCGAAGUUCGAAGGACAGACCUACGACGCCGUCUGGGCUAUGGCACUUGCUUUGGAAAAGACCGAAAACAUCUUAAAUAAGGACAACAUUAGCGUAGUCCAAUAUACGCAUGCUAGAAAGGACAUUGCGUUGCGACUAUUGGAACAACUGAAACUUUUACGUUUUAACGGAGUUUCGGGACCGGUAUCGUUCGAUGGAGCUGAUCGAGUGGGUAUCACAGCGUUCUCUCAGAUAUACGGCAACGAUUUCAGAAGAAUAGCGAUCUUCAGUCCAGAAGAUGGAAAGCUAAUAAUGAAUUGCUCAGGAUGCGCAAUGACAAAAUGGCCGGAUGGACGUCCCCCCGUGGCUCGAAGGGUUUUCCGGUUGAGAGUGGUAACAGUAGCACCUGCAGCUUUUCUAGCAGUUACUUGUCUCGCUAGCGUUGGUGUCACUUUAGCGUUCGCUUUCUUGGCGUUCAAUUUACAUUUUCGUAAACACAAGAGCAUAAAACUCUCGAGUCCUAGACUGAAUAAUAUGGCUGCCGUCGGCUGUGGUUUAGUCUACGGUGCGGUCAUACUUCUGGGCUUGGAUCACGCCACGCUACCGGAUAGCAACGACUACUAUCCUACAGUGUGCACAGCAAGAGUAUAUUUGUUGUCUGCUGGCUUUUCCUUGGCAUUCGGAUCGAUGUUUACCAAGACCUAUCGCGUUCAUCGGAUUUUCACUAGAAGCAGAAGCGGCGUUGUCAAGAACAAGUUACUUCAGGAUACUCAGCUUAUAAGCUUGAUCUGCGUUCUGCUACUGAUAGACGGCCUCGUGGUAACCUUGUGGGUAACUUUUGACCCCAUGCAACGUCAUCUCCGAAACCUAACUCUGGAAAUUAGCCCACAGGAUAGAAGCGUAGUCUAUCAACCUCAGGUAGAGGUGUGCCGUUCUCAACACACGAACAGCUGGUUGGGCGCACUUUACAUAUAUAAAGGUCUAUUGCUAAUCGUCGGUGUAUACAUGGCUUGGGAAACGAGACACGUGAAAAUACCUGCUUUAAACGACUCGCAAUACAUCGGCAUGAGUGUUUAUUUCGUGGUGAUCACUUCGGGGAUUGUGGUAGUGCUGGCAAAUUUGAUGUCCGAUCGCGCAACCUUGGCCUUCGUUACGAUUACCGCUUUAAUCUUGGCUUCAACGACCGCAACGCUGGCGUUGCUGUUUCUCCCGCAAUUAACAAACAUCUUGGCUGGCGAAAGGGCCGACCCUGUUGUACAGAGUCUCGGCCUGAAGAUCGAAUGCAAUACAAGGAGAUUCGUGACCGAUGAUAGAACCGAACUUCAAUACCGCGUGGAAGUACAGAAUCGCGUGUAUCGUCGUGAAAUGGCACAGCUGGAACUGGAAUUGGCCAGAUUGGAGAAACAAUUGGCACAGGAACCGGUUGAACCAUCGCACGCUUCGUCGAGCGCAUCGAUUCCACAACGCAAUCCCAGCAUCGGGGGUGGUCUACCUUUGUUAUUGCUCAGCGUCCUCCCACCGGUCAUCCCUAGGGCUAGCUGGCCGUCCGCUGAUUCGUCCGGAAUACGCCGCGGUACUGUAGCGUUUAGCAGCCAACCGGAUUUGGAACCGGACGGCACACGAAGAAGUCUUGCAGAUAUUUACAAACUUCACCGACGAAGAGAGACGGAAGGACCAAAUCGUUUGGGUGUUUUUCAGCGACUCUUCAGUCUUUUCGGCAGUCGUCCUACCAGCAGGAAAACUUCGACUGCCUCGUUUACUGGAGUAGCAUCGGCACUACGGGUUCACAUGGGCUACAUUGCCGGUUUGGUACCAGGCACGAAAGCAGCAUCUACGUGUCAAGUUAAUGCCCAAGGCAGUCGUUCGCCUCAUCCUCGAUGUGGCUCAGGACCAAUAAUUAGUAUUACUAGCGAAGAAGAUCGCAGAUUAAGCCUGGGGCUACAUCGUAAAGAGUACAGCGAGCCCAGAGUCAAUUUUAGUCUACCACCCAAAGCGAGUACCAGCCAAACAUCGUCACGAGAAAAAAUUCGGGGAUCUCCGCGAUUUCCACAUCGGAUAGUGCCGACAAACAGUUUAAAUACGAUUGCCCCAGGAUCCUCGAUCUCGAGAUCUCACCGAUGGCAUUCCAUGGAAGACGCGAGAAAAACUAAGGUCUCUCAACUCCCUCGUGGCUCAUCGUGUAGCCCUAGCUGCGAUGUAUGGGCCACUCGUGAAUUCGGAAUUCCAUUAAGUGAACUGGGAAACACUGCUCGAGGCAAGAAAACAUCAGAAUCAUUAACCUUAACCAUUAUGGCGGAAUCGAAUGUAAAUUCUGAUGACGCAAAGCUCGGCAACAAUUUAAAAAAGCUCUUCGAAGAAAAUGAUACGCAGGGUAACGUUAGUCCUGCCGACUCGGAGCUGAAAAUCACCCGAUCCAUAUCCUCAUCGUCUUCGUCACCAACAAACACUAGGACAUCGAGUGCCACAUAUGGUAUGUCUUCUUCUAGAAAAGAAUCCAGUUCCGAAUCUGCCCAACUAGAUACAAGUACAAACUUUAUUCAGAAAUCAGAGUGUUCUCGACCCUCAAGUCCAACAACUCGCGCGACCAAUUUGAAUAUCCCUGCAGAGAUGGAUAGUCAUAUGAAAGCAUCGUACGAAAAUGGAAAAUCAACUGCCUCGUAGAUUAAAACAAUAAGUUGCGGAAAAAAAAACGAUUUCCUGUUGCAAUAUUCUUCCUUCCUGUACUAAUUGUCUCCUGACACAUAUGUUCUUAAUCGAGAGAGAAAAAUCUACUCUCGCUACUGUUUAUGAUUGAUAAAAGAUGAAGGAUCAUCGGCAAAUUUCCGAAGAACACGACACUUGAAAAUACCGCUGGCUCCUUCCUUUUAUAUUUUUAAUUAUAUUUAUUUUAUUCUUCGAUUAAAAAAUAAAACAUUAUAAAAAUGCAAUUGUAUACGCGACAAUCUUCAGUAUUCGUAUUCAUGAAAAAUCAAGCUCAAAUUGAUUGCACAAAAAUUUAGUGCGAGGGUCAAGAGAACCAAUCACUGUUUAAAUUUAUCGUGUGUGUUCCUUAGUAAUUGUGCCAAAGAUAAAACUAUGGGGCCCGUAAAAGUAUACAGCUGAUCGACUUUAUGAAUUAUCACUUUAUGGAGGGACCAAAGUAUAAUAAUAAUCUCUUCUUCGUUGUCUAAUCGAUGUUUAAUUGUUGGAAGUUCAUAAUAUUUAUCGAUGAGUUCAAUAAUAAAUAUAAUAAUUCUGACUGUAUUUUAAUUGCUUCAUUAUCGUUUCGUAAAACUAGACGACUCAAAUUAUGUAAAGUCGUAGAGGGCAUGCUGAAAAUACUCUUACAGGUCCAACGUCAAAGUGUUCAGAACCCAACCCUUCCUGAAGUACCUGCACUCGAUGUAACA